CCUCGCCUGCACUCGAUCCAGCUGCAGAUAAUCUUUUUUGAACCACGGACGCCAGGCCUGGACGGCAUACUCCAGGUGGGACCGAAAAAACGCUCCGUACGUUUUCCUGAAGAGCUCUUUGUCGAUGUGGACGAAUCCCCGCCUAAAUCUAAAUUGAGCUUUAUGUACACAAACGCCGAAAGUCUUCCCUCAAAUAUCGAUGGACGCAAGGCAUAA